GUUGUAAGAUGGGUGUAUUUUUUAUGAUAUUACGUUACCUCAAAAUGCAAUGAAUGCUACAUAGACAGAUGUUGAAACAAAGGAAAUUUAAAGGAUGUCGUGAAAAUCUGUAUAAAAACAUUAAAUCAAGAGUCGCUGGCAGUGUAGAAUGAAUACCGAACCGCUGGAUAGAAAGAGAGAGCGAGACAGACAGACAGACAGCGCCAGUUCUUGCAGUGUGAACACUGAAUAACUGGAUAUAGAUAUAAAUAUAUAUAAAUCACUGGUUUUAGAGACGACUGCAACAGUAUAAACACUGAAUCAGUGGAUAGAGCUGCAGUAUAAUGACUAAAUCACUAGAUAUAGAGGACUGCAACAGUAUAAACACUGAAUCAGUGGAUAGAGCUGCAAUAUUUGCAGUAUAAUGACUAAAUAACUGAAUAUAGACUUCUGAAAUCUACAGUAUAAACACUGAAUCGGUGGAUUCAGAUAGUUGCAAUAUCUACAGUAUAAACACUGAAUCAGUGGAUCCAGAAAGCUGCAAUAUCUACAGUAUAAACACUGAAUCGGUGGAUCCAGGGAGCUGCAAUAUCUACAGUAUAAACACUGAAUCGGUGGAUCCAGACAGCUGCAAUAUCUACAGUAUAAACACUGAAUCAGUGGAUCCAGAAAGCUGCAAUAUCUACAGUAUAAACACUGAAUCGGUGGAUCCAGGGAGCUGCAAUAUCUACAGUAUAAACAGUGGAUCCAGACAGCUGCAAUAUCUACAGUAUAAACACUGAAUCAGUGGAUCCAGACAGCUGCAAUAUCUACAGUAUAAACAUUGAAUCUCUAGCAUCACAGUGGGCUGUAAUAUCUGCAGUACUACAUUGAAUCAUUGGAUACAGAGGGAUGCAUCGUCUGCAGUAUAAACACAUUAAUACUGGAUAUAGAAGCGAGCUCUGCAAUUCCUGAAGUAUUCACAUUGAAUUACUGGAUGUAAAGAUCACUGCGUCUUUGCUGGUUAAAAUGGAAGCAAAGAUUAUUAACUUUCUGCAUUUUAGGUUUUUGUCUGCAAUUCCAUUUUAACAAGCUUUGUUUUUAAAAGGCUGCAUCUAAUUGUUGAAUCAGUCACCGCCAUAAUUUUUGAAUCAGUUGCCUUGAUUCUUGAAACAGUUGCUGCCCUAAUUGUUGAAUCGGUUGCCAACCUAAUUGUUGAAUCGGUUGCCCAGAUUAUUGAAUCAGUUACUCUAAUUGUUGAAUCGGUUGCUGACCUAAUUGUUGAAUCGGUUGCCGAGAUUAUUGAAUCAGUUGCCCUAAUUGUUGAAUCAGUUGCCUUGAUUCUUGAAACAGUUGCUGCCCUAAUUGUUAAAUCAGUUGCUGACCUAAUUGUUGAAUUGGUUUCCCUGAUUGUUUAAGCAGUUGCCCUAAUUAUUGAAUCAGUCUCCACCCUAAUUGUUGAAUCAGUUGCCCUGAUUCUUGAAACAGUUGCUGCCCUAAUUGUAAAAUCAGUUGCUGACCUAAUUGUUGAAUCCGUUGCCCUGAUUGUUGAAUCCGUUGCCCAGAUUAUUGAAUCAGUUGCCCUAAUUGUUAAAUCAGUUGGAGGUUGUUUUCUUGAUAGCAUUGAGUGUAAUUUCGUUUUUGCUUUAAAAUGUCUUUUACUAAUGUGUAUGGUAACAGUGACAAGUUUUUUGUGUGUCAAAUCUGCUCAAUGAUGUUUCCACAGCCGCCUGAACUGCUAGAACAUAUGUUAAUACAUUUGGCCAAGAAACCUUUCAAAUGUGAACUGUGUUCAGAAUGUUUUGCAAGGACUUCGGACUUGACAACACACAAGUUAGUACAUUCAGAAGAGAAGUCUUUCAAAUGUGAAUUAUGCUCAGAAUGUUUUGAACAGAGUUUGGACCUAAUAGCUCACAAGUUAAUACAUACGUUUGAGAAACCUUUCAAAUGUGGAAUUUGCACAGAAUGUUUUGCACAGAGUUCGGACUUGAUCGCACAUAAGUUAGUACAUGCAGAUGAAAAACCUUUCAAAUGUGGAUUGUGCUCAGAAUAUUUUGCAUGGAAUUCGGAGUUAAUGGCACAUAUGUCAAUACACACAGAAGAGAAACUUUUCAAAUGUGAAGAAUGCCCAGAAUCUUUUGCGCAUAACUUGGUACACACAGAUGAGAAGUCUUUCAUAUGUGGAGUGUGUUCAGUAUGUUUUCGGUGCCGUUUGGAUUUGGAAGAGCAUACAUGUGUGUUGAUGCAUUUGGAUGAAAAACCAUUCGUGUGUAAAUUUUGCACAAAAUGUUUUGCACAAAGCUUGGAUUUACAAGAACACAUGUUAAAACAUUCAUCUGAGAAAUGCUUUGAAUGUAAAACGUGUGCAGAAUGUUAUGCACAGAGUCCGGACUUGCAAGAGCAUAUGUUAGCACAUUCAUCUGAUAAGCCUUUCAAAUGUGACUUGUGCUCAGAAUGUUUUGCACAAAGUUUGGACUUGGAAGGACAUAAAUUAACACAUGCCGAUGAGAAACCUUUUAUAUGUGGAGUGUGCUCAAUAUGUUUUGCAAAUAGCUUGGACUUACAAGAACAUAUGAUAAUACAUUCGCCCAAGAAACCAUUUAAAUGUGAAAUGUGCUCUGAAUGUUUUGCACAGAGUUUGAACUUACAGGAGCAUAUGGUAAUGCAUUCGGCAGAGAAACCUUUUAAAUGUGAAAUGUGCUCGGAAUGUUUUGCACAGAGUUUGGACUUGAAAGAACAUGUGCUAAUACAUUCUUCUGAGAAACCAUUUAAAUGUGAAUUGUGCUUAGAAUGUUUUGCACAAACAUCUGACUGGAUAAAGCAUAUGUUCACACAUUUGGCAGAGAAACCAUUCAGAUGUGAUCUGUGCUCAGAAAGCUUUGUGCAGAGUUCCGACUUGAACAAACAUAAGUUGAUACAUUCUGUUGACACAUCACAUAAAUGUGAUCGAUGCGACAAAAUUUUUGCAAAGAGUUCAGACUUGAAAGGUCAUGCAUGUAUGUUAGUACCUUCCGCCAGUAGACCGUACAAAUGUGAAGUGUGCGCCAAGUGCUUUAAACUAAAGUCUCAUUUGACGGGACACAUGUCCGUUCAUACAUCAGAGAAAUCGUUCAAAUGUGAGAUUUGUUCCAAAGGUUUCCGACAGCGGGUGAACCUGAAGAGUCACAUGGCGGUACACAGCGGGCAGAAACCGUACCAGUGCGACAUGUGUCUGAGACACUUCAAGCUGAAGUGUCAGCUGAGGAAACACAAGUGCAACCUGCACACCCGAGCAGAAAGCCACAAGUGUCACGUCUGCCUGAAGUACUUCACCUCGCUGAAGGACCACAUGCUCACCCACGGCGCCGAGAGAACCUUUAAGUGCGAACACUGUGGCAGAUCUUUUGCACGCAAGUCGGGCUUGAAGCAGCACAUGUCGAUGCACGUCACGGUGAAGGUCUUUAAGUGCGACAUCUGCUCGAAACGCUACGCUCGCAAGUCCAUCCUCGUGGAGCACAUGCUGGUGCACUCGGGCGAGAAAUCAUUCAUGUGUGAAGUGUGUUCGAAGUGCUUCACAUGGAGGUCGACGCUGAGACGUCACCUGCGCAUCCAUUCUUCUGUGAAGUUCGUCUGUAAAGUGUGUUCCAAAGGCUUCAGCAAGGCCGACACACUGCAGGCCCACAUGUCCAUCCACACUGGGAAGAAGAGCUUCAAGUGUGAACUGUGUCAGAGACUGUUUGCGCGAAGGUGGACUUUAAAUCAACACAUGGUGAUUCACGAGAAGCCACUCGUGUGCGAAAUCUGUUCGAAAACUUUCACACACAGCGUAGUCUUAAAGCAUCAUAUGAAGAGUCAUGUUCGCGAUAGGCCUUUUGUGUGUGGGAUGUGCGCCAAAUCUUUUGCACAGAGUUCCCAGAUGAAAAUACACAUGCUGGAACACAUUCAGGACAGGUCUUUGAUAUGUAAGAUGUGCACCAAAUGUUUUGCACAGACUUCGGAGUUGAAAAUACACAUGCUGGAACAUACUGGCAACAAGCCUUUCAAAUGCCAAGAGUGCAAAAAAUGUUUUGCAAAACGUUUUAAGUUGAAAAUACACAUGCUGAAACAUGUUGGCUACAAGCCUUUAAAAUGCCAAGAGUGCACAGAGUGUUUUGCACAACAUUCCCAGUUGAAAAUACACAUGCUGGAACACAGCUGUGACAAGUCUUUCAUAUGUGGGAUGUGCACCAGAUGUUUUGCACAGAGUUCCGAGUUGAAAAUACACAUGCUGGAACAUGUUUGCGACAAGUCUUUCAAACCUGAAGAUAGCACAGAAUGUUUCGUGAACAAUUCCAGCUUGAAAGGGCAUCAGUUGACACACGCUGGCUCCAAUCCUUUCAGAUGUGAGAUCUGCUUCGAAUGUUUUGCACAGAGUUCUGAGUUGAAAAUACACAUACUGGAACAUGUUGGCGCCAAGCCUUUGAAAUGUGAAGACAGCACAGAAUGUUUCGCCAACAGUUCCAGCUUGAUGACACACGCUGACUCUUCUAAUCCUCUCAGAUGUGAGAUCUGCUUCAAGUGUUUUGCACAGAGCUCCAAGCUGAAGCAGCACACGCUAGUUCACAGUGUUGAGAAACCGUUCCAGUGUGAGUUAUGUGAGAAGAGUUUCACAAAGCGCUGCUUCUUGAGACGCCAUAUGUUCAUUCACUCCGGCAGGAAACCGUUCAAAUGCGACAAGUGCACAAAAUGUUUCACGCAAAACUCGAACCUGAAGAAGCACGUUUUGUGUCAUCUUCCUGAUAAACCUUUCAAGUGUGAAGUGUGCGGGAAAGGUUUCGCAUACAAGUCCAGUCUGAAAGAGCACAUGCUUCUGCAUUCUGACGACAUGCCCUUCAAAUGUGGAGAGUGCACCAAAGGUUAUACAAACAGUUCCAACUUGAAGAAGCAUAUGUUGCUGCAUACUGGGAACAAGAUCUUCAAAUGUGAAACGUGUUCUGAAUGUUUUAAAAAGAAUUCGAAGUUCCAGCGUCACAAGUUGACAUGUACAGUACAGGACUAGGGCCUCAGCGAGUCCAAAAUGUUGGACUCGAGUACUCAAGGGUCAGACAGACUCGACCCGGACCCGAGUACCCGACAAUAGAUAAUAAUGAGACUACGGAAUAAAGGAAAAUAGCAUUAUACGUCUUAAUUCCAGCGUUGAACAUUGAUGCCAAAUUAUGUCAUUGAUACAAUGACCCAUUAUACUGCAUUCCACGCUGUCACAUUCGGCUUUUCGUUUUCCUCUAUGUCUCAUAGCCCUAUAAUGUAAAGAGCGGCAAGCAUAUGGCAAAAUGACGUAAAAACAAUAAAUAAAUGAGAUUACUCGUGAAGACCCUAUACAGGACAAAGUAAUAUAUAGAUAGAUGCAGGGCUCGAAAUAGGAUGUAAAACAUGGCUUGUUGAUAUUUGGUAUAAUAGCAGGACAAAAGAAAUAUGUCCUGCUGAAAAUAACAUGGUCACAGAAUGAAAUGAAGGGGUCAGGGGUUUCAACAUUGCAGUGGCGUAGCCAGAAAAUGUUUUGCAUUACGCACGGCGUUUUAUUGGGGAAACUUAGUUACUGAAAAAGGGAAGAGGAUAUUUUAUAGAACAAUUACAGACAGCCUCGACCUAUUCCCGGAUUUAAAAAAAAAAUGUUUUUGUUUGUUAUUUUUUUCAUUACGCACGUGCGUACUGUGCGCUACGUCUUUGCUUUGGGAUAGUGUGUGCAACGUUAGGACGUCUCAAAUGGAAUUUAGAGUAUUAUGGAUUUGAAACAACAGAAUCGGGAACUAAUUAGCAGAAAAGAUCAUUGAUAUAUAUAUCUGUCUCUGACAAAAUUACUUCAAUGUUUUUGGUGGUGGUUUUAGCUGGUAAAUUUGUAUUUCACCUGAUUUUUUUAAAACAACAAAACCCACAGCAGUUUGCUUUUCGCAGGCCCCUAUUUCGAGUCCUGAGAUGGUUUCUUAAAACUUUAAUCUUACAUUAAUUUCAUCUGAUGAGGGGCGGAACGUAGGCCCAGUGGUAAAGCACUCGCCAAAUUCGUAUUCGGUCUAGGAUCGAUCCCCGUCGGUGGGCCCACAUGCACCGACCAGUGAUCCAUAACUGGUUCAACAAAGGCCAUGGUUUGUGCUAUCCUGCCUCCCGUACAAGAGUAGCUUCUAAACACUCAGAAUGACCAUAUGUUUGACGUCCAAUAGCCGAUGAUAAGAUAAAAAAAUCAGUGUGCACUAGUGGCGUCGUGAAAUAAAACAAACUUUACAGACCCCGUUUAAGAUGAGCUAUAACUCCCCUGGGAUCAGAUUAGGGAGGGUAAUGUUUAGCUCACGGAAGUAACGGUUAUGGAGUCGGGUUUUAGUCUAUUUUUAGAGGGUAUUUCACCAUUUCAAAGUCACAGACUCGGUUACACUCAGUUGUAACUUUAUCCAAAUGAGUUGCAGGUUUGUAGAUUAACUAAACUUAAUUUUCACGGGUUGAAACUAGGUUCUGUCCCUUUAAAUGGCUCCCCCACAGUCGUUUGUAUAGCAAGGUGUGCUAUACACGUAUUGAAGGUCCUAUGUCACAGUUGAAACUACACGAUUUCGUUAUUUUCACGUUUAUUUGCAACAAGUAACUACAAAUUAAAGUCGCGAAUCCUAGUUUCAAAUCGUGAAAAUAGAAACCAAGUGUGGUUAAUUUACAAACCUAUAACACAUUUUACUUUAUUGCACCUCGAUCGAAAUGAGUCUUAUUUGUGACGUUGAAACGGGGGAAAUAACCUUAAAUGUAGGUUAGAAUUCUACUCCAUAACCAUUACGUCUCCGAAGUACGAGCAUUUAAAAAACAAAUGUGGAAAAUGCAUUUUGUAGUAUUAAAAACACCAGGACGACUAGAAACACUUUGGAUGUACGGAAAUUGAUAAUUUCACCAAUAAAAUCUAAGUAAUGUUUGAUUCCAUAGUGGAAACAGUUCUAAGCUUCAUCUUAAAACGUAAAUAGUUAUUAUUCUUCAAAAGAUGUAACAGAUAAAUAGUUGUAUUUGUUUAGGUGCCUCGUGGAAUAUAAAGACGCUUCUAACACAAUUAGUAUGUUUGUUUCAGUAUAUGUACAUACAUAUUAAAUAUAUUGUAGCGGUUUUGUUUGAAAUAAAUAUAUUGAUAUUGUAAACUGAA